AAGGUUUUGAAAGCUCAAACUCAGAUUCUUAGCUCCAAAACCUCUUUCCAGUUACGCGCCUGGAAGCAGUAAACAAGUCGGUUUUAUCUCACGUUUAUAGCUUGACUAUCGUAAAUAAAUUUUAAAAUGUUAGGAUCGAGAUUUUCUCAAUAAUUAUAUUGGUAGUAUUGCGGUAAUGCGAAUAACCAACUCGUUUUUAAUUGAAACUGAGUUUCCUAGAAUUGUUGUCUUAUUGUUAUGGAGCUGAUCGGGAAAGAAACGCUGUUGAGGAAGAAAUCAUUGUGACGAUUUUCAAAAUAACUGAAAGAAAAGUGAUAUGUCGAUGGAACCAGAUGAUGCCGACGCUACUUUUCUUGUUGAUGGGUUUCCAAAUAGCUUCAUCAAUGGAGAUAUGUACAUCUCACUUCUGCCCACCCAUUUUAGAAAAACAGAAGAUAACUGUUGAGAGGGAGUUACCUGUAAAACUUGUCGGACUAGACAACACAACAGGCUGCAUAUGCACAGAGAUACCAAACGUAUACACCUUAUGCUACAACGCUGAAGACAAAACCACACCAUGCACAAGAUUUCCCAAAACCAUGAAGCUGCAUAAUGACGUACUCCUUCUGAAAUCGACUUAUAUCACAGAACUAUCUUAUGGUGAUUUAUACAACAUGGCCCAUUUGAAGGACUUGAAGAUAGACAGUAACCAGAAGCUCAGACAUGUUGAUCCCUUCGUUUUUCAGAACAUGACAAAUUUGACCGUUUUGAGCUUCAUAUUCAAUCCUCAGCUCACCACUUUGCAUCCAGAUACUUUCCAGGGACUGAUCAACUUGAAAGAACUCAAUUUGGUGAAGAAUGGCUUUCAUAGUAUCAAAAUUCUGACGGUGGCAUUGAAACCCUCCAUUUUGCCCAAUCUCACGAAGCUUGGUUUGAAUGAAAACGUUUUUAGGAAUGUGAGUGAGGAUGAUUUCGAACCAAUGCAAGGUAGCAACGUUGAGGAACUAAAUUUAAUUUUGUGCGCUAUCAAACAUAUUCAUUCAAGAUCCUUAGGGCCUUUAGAAAAACUACAAGCUCUUCGUUUGGGGGAUAAUAGAUUUGACGUCAGUGAACUCACGAAUUUACUUGUCGAUACAUUGAGUAUGGGAGCUGAUUUGAAACUUCUCGACUUGUUUUCUUCUGGAUUCAGGGGUUCUAUGCCUAUCUCCGUCUUGGAGGUGAUCGGAAGAUCAAAUAUAAGCUACCUUAUCCUCUCCAGAAACCAGUUUGAUGUUAUAGACAACGAAUUAUUCCCGAUUCACAUGCCCAACUUGAACAUUCUAGAUCUCAGUGAUGUAUCAGCUCAACAGAUCCACGACCAAGCUUUCUUACACUUGCCGAACCUGAGAACCCUCAUUUUGGGCAAGAAUAGGCUGUCUUUUUUCGCUGCAUCUAAUCAUCUUCCCAAUCUGACUUACCUGGAUCUGAGGAGUAACACCGAUACCGAUGGAUGGGAGUUUUUUCUCACCAAGAGUGAGUUUAGAAGGAUGAAUCUGGAAUAUCUAGACUUACAAUACACCAGACUUUUACUAUUGUCUAAGACUGAUUUUGGGUAUAUGCCCAACUUGAGAAUAUUGAAUCUCAAGAACUGUAGCGUCGUCAGAAUAGAAGACUAUACCUUCAAAGGAUUGACGAGUCUGAAAGUAAUGAACCUGGAAAACAACCGUUUUAUUAAGAUGUGGAUGAGCCCACGUUUUGAGUUCGAUAUUUUCGGAGGUCUGGGACAUCUUGAAGUAGUCCUUUUGGGAGGGAAUGAUAUAACAACAAUGAGAUCUCCGACUAAAAGAUUCCUACUGAAGUAUCUCGAAAACAUCAAACACCUUGGACUGAAUAGAAAUAGUUUACAGACGAUAUCCAGUGAAGAUUUUGCUUCUUUCACGAAACUAGAAAUACUGGAUAUUUCGGAAAACCACAUUUUAUCAUGGGACUAUCGGAUAUUUCCACACGUAAAACUGCGGAAAUUUUAUGGUUCCUUGAAUAAAAUAUCCUAUCUUUCAGACGCCAUGCUUGCAGACUUCGACUCACUUGAAUCAAUCAAAUUGGACUUCAAUUCUUUCAUGUGCGAUUGUGCCACUAAAGAUAAAAUGAGUAGUAACAAAACUGCCCUGAAAAAAUUCUCGAGGUUGAUUAAGGACCAGGAUCUCUUCUGCGUUAGACCAAAUAUAAAUCAGACCCUGACUGAUUUCGUACAAAAAAUCGUAGAUUCCUCAUUGGGUUGUGAUCCUGGGAUUAAUAUAUUACUCAUAGCCAUACCAACAAGUACUUUCCUAGUGGUGGUAGUGAUACUAGGAGUUUUGGGUUAUUUGUACAGGUGGCACAUACGAUAUUGGGCAUUCCUGGUAAGGCUCUAUCUAACCAGAAAAGGAAAAAUCAGGAAAACGACCAAAAAAGGCUACACGAAUUUCAAAUUUGACGCCUUCGUGUCGUACUGCAACAAAGACCAAAAUUUCGUCAUCAGGCUGGUCAAAAUGUUGGAGACCCAAGAGCCAUUUUUGAGGUUAUGUGUCUACGAGAGGGACUUUCAGAUUGGGAGCGUCAUAUCGGAGUCUGUUUUGGAAUAUAUAACGAACAGUCGUAAAACUGUCCUUAUUGUGAGCGACGCCUAUGCCAAAUCCUACUGGUGCAAUUGGGAGACGCAAAUCGCUGAGCAUCACAGGUUGUUUUUUGAAAAUCCGAACGGUGAUUGUGUGGAUGAGAGUAUAGUGUUGAUCAAACUGGGAAAGAUCAACGAAGCGCAUCUGAAUCCAACCCUGAAAUACCUCUUGAAGACCAGGAUAUAUCUGGAAUGGCAUGCGGACGCCCAAAGAGAGAACGUCUUCUGGCAAAAAUUGAAGCAGUUCUUAACGCCACCAACGAAUGACAAUGUAGAAAUGACGAACUUGUAACUUUGGGAUUUGCAUGAUAAAUUACAGGUUUUUCGAGUUUUUUCAUUGAUGGAAAUCACGAUAUCAACGAGUUCAAAAUUCCCACAAACGUGUUGAUUAAAAUUUCCAUAAUAUAUGAAUGAGUGCCAUUGUGUAUUGAAUCGAAAUUGAAUACAUAGUCAGUGAUUCUAAUGAACACCAACGUGGCAGUUUUGAAUGCGACAAAAAACAGAAUUGUUCUCAUACUCUUGACUUUUUUCAGCUUGAAUAAUAGUUUAAUAUAUAUUCCAGAGAAGACAAAAUGAAAUUUUUGCUUGAAAUAUUUUUCAGAAUUCUACUGAAGGAUGCAUCUACUGAGGAUCUAAAAGUUAUAGCUAUUAUACUAUAAUUUUGAAUCUGAUUUGUGUGAUUGUGAAAUUAGCUUUAAGUUAUAUCCAUAUUUUUCUGUUUCAGUCGAUUUUAUUGAGAUAGUUCUUUUGUGUUUUAUUCAUCUCCCUUCAAAUCUGAAAUGUUUUGAUUUUGAGGAUUCUUAUUUGUAUGAAUAAACAAUAAACCAUACUCAAUGCAUA